AUGUCCCUCAACGACUUCGCCGGCACCUGGGUCCAGUCCCACCAGGAGAACUUCGAGGAGUACAUGAAGGAAGUCGGAGUCGGUCUCAUUACCCGCAAGGCUGCCGCUAACCUCAAAGUCACCCUCCAUAUUACCGUCGAUGGCCAAACUCUUACCUGCCGCCAAGAGUCCACCCUGAAGAACUAUGAGAUCACCUUCACCAUCGAUAAGGAGCUCGAGGAGGAGACGGCUGACGGCCGCCACUUCAAGACUGUUUUCACCUUUGAUGGGCACAAGAUCCACCAGAAGCAGACGCCCAUCAAAAGCAGUGAUAAGCCCUCCGAAAUCACCCGAUGGAUCGAGGGCAACGAGCUUCACAUUGAGAUGGUUAGCGGAUCGGUCAAGGCCACUCGCGUCUACACUAAGCAA